CAAUACGAUUGUCACUUAUUUUGUUGCUCAGGUUGUUCUGGGAACCCCUCUCAGCCUCUCUUUUCAUCAGGCUCCCAUAAUUAUUGUUACUGUUGAUCAUGAUUUCUUGUGGGGUCAGUUGCUAGGUGCAGAUGCUUGGAUUUCAAAUUGGGGGGGAUGUUACAAAGCUUAAAAAGACUCCGGAGAGUUUGUGUUCUAGGAAAACCCAAGAAACCCAGAACUGGAAGAGCCCCAGAGAGAUGAAUGUUACCAGGCGUGUUCCCUUCUCUCUUCCCUGAGGCUCCCCUGUGCAGAGGAUCCUGCAGACAUGGCUAAAGGAGACGCAGCAAGAGAUCAGAGGGAAAAACUGCAUAGAAAAUCUAAUGGAUGAAGAUGAGAAAGACAGAGCCAAGAGAGCUUCUCGAAACAAGUCUGAGAAGAAGCGUCGGGACCAGUUCAAUGUUCUCAUCAAAGAGCUCAGUUCCAUGCUCCCUGGCAACACGCGGAAAAUGGACAAAACCACCGUGUUGGAAAAGGUCAUCGGAUUUUUGCAGAAACACAAUGAAGUCUCAGCGCAAACGGAAAUCUGUGACAUUCAGCAAGACUGGAAGCCUUCAUUCCUCAGUAAUGAAGAAUUCACCCAGCUGAUGUUGGAGGCGUUGGACGGCUUCAUUAUCGCAGUGACAACAGACGGCAGCAUCAUCUACGUCUCUGACAGUAUCACGCCUCUCCUUGGGCAUUUACCGUCGGAUGUCAUGGAUCAGAAUUUGUUAAAUUUCCUCCCAGAACAAGAACAUUCAGAAGUUUAUAAAAUCCUUUCUUCCCAUAUGCUUGUGACGGAUUCCCCUUCCCCAGAAUACUUAAAAUCUGACAGCGAUUUAGAGUUUUAUUGCCAUCUUCUCAGAGGCAGCUUGAACCCAAAGGAAUUUCCAACUUAUGAAUACAUAAAAUUUGUAGGAAAUUUUCGCUCUUACAACAAUGUGCCUAGCCCCUCCUGUAACGGUUUUGACAACACCCUUUCAAGACCUUGCCGGGUGCCACUAGGAAAGGAGGUUUGCUUCAUUGCCACCGUUCGUCUGGCAACACCACAAUUCUUAAAGGAAAUGUGCAUAGUUGACGAACCUUUAGAGGAAUUCACUUCAAGGCAUAGCUUGGAAUGGAAAUUUUUAUUUCUGGAUCACAGAGCCCCUCCAAUCAUAGGAUACCUGCCUUUUGAAGUGCUGGGAACCUCGGGCUAUGACUACUACCAUAUUGAUGACCUGGAGCUCCUGGCCAGGUGCCACCAGCACCUGAUGCAGUUUGGCAAAGGGAAGUCGUGUUGCUACCGGUUUCUGACCAAAGGUCAGCAGUGGAUUUGGCUGCAGACUCACUACUACAUCACCUACCAUCAGUGGAACUCCAAGCCAGAGUUCAUCGUGUGCACACACUCGGUGGUCAGUUACGCAGAUGUCCGGGUGGAAAGGAGGCAGGAGCUGGCUCUGGAAGACCCACCAUCCGAGGCCCUCCACUCCUCAGCACUAAAGGACAAGGGCUCAAGCCUGGAACCUCGGCAGCACUUUAAUGCACUCGACGUGGGUGCCUCGGGCCUUAAUACCAGUCAUUCGCCAUCGGCGUCCUCAAGAAGUUCCCACAAAUCCUCGCACACAGCCAUGUCAGAACCCACCUCCACUCCCACCAAGCUGAUGGCAGAGGCCAGCACCCCAGCUUUGCCAAGAUCAGCCACCCUGCCCCAAGAGUUACCUGUCCCCGGGCUCAGCCAGGCAGCCACCAUGCCGGCCCCUCUGCCUUCCCCAUCGUCCUGCGACCUCACACAGCAGCUCCUGCCUCAGACCAUUCCGCAGAGCACACCCGCUCCCAUGGCACAGUUUUCGGCACAGUUCAGUAUGUUCCAGACCAUCAAAGACCAGCUAGAGCAGCGGACGCGGAUCCUGCAGGCCAAUAUCCGGUGGCAACAGGAAGAGCUCCACAAGAUCCAGGAGCAGCUCUGCCUGGUCCAGGACUCCAACGUCCAGAUGUUCCUGCAGCAGCCAGCUGUAUCCCUGAGCUUCAGCAGCACCCAGCGACCUGAGGCUCAGCAGCAGCUACAGCAAAGGUCAGCUGCAGUGACUCAGCCCCAGCUCGGGGCGGGCCCCCAACUUCCAGGGCAGAUCUCCUCUGCCCAGGUCACAAGCCAGCACCUGCUCAGAGAAUCAAGUGUGAUAUCAACCCAGGGUCCAAAGCCAAUGAGAAGCUCACAGCUAAUGCAGAGCAGCGGCCGCUCUGGAAGCAGCCUAGUGUCCCCGUUCAGCAGCGCCACCGCUGUGCUCCCGCCAAGUCUGAAUCUGACCACACCUGCUUCCACCUCCCAGGAUGCCAGCCAGUGCCAGCCCAGCCCAGACUUCAGCCAUGAUCGGCAGCUCAGGCUGUUGCUGAGCCAACCCAUCCAGCCCAUGAUGCCCGGGUCCUGUGACGCAAGGCAGCCCUCGGAGGUCAGCAGGACGGGACGGCAAGUCAAGUACGCACAGAGCCAGACCGUGUUUCAAAAUCCAGAUGCACACCCCGCCAACAGCAGCAGCACCCCGAUGCCCGUCCUGCUGAUGGGGCAGGCGGUGCUCCACCCCAGCUUCCCCGCCUCCCAGCCAUCGCCCCUGCAGCCUGCACAGGCCCGGCAGCAGCCACAGCAGCACUACCUGCAGGUACAGGCACCAACCUCUUUGCACAGUGAGCAGCAGGACUCGCUACUUCUCUCCACCUACUCACAACAGCCAGGGACCCUGGGCUACCCCCAACCACCCCCAGCACAGCCCCAGCCCCUACGUCCUCCCCGAAGGGUCAGCAGUCUGUCUGAGUCGUCAGGCCUCCAGCAGCCGCCCCGAUAGUGCCCCGGCACUGAAGUCGGGACACAAUCAGCUUUAAGCAAUGGAUGAGGGGGGUGGCCACAGGAGAUGGGGAGAGGAGCCUGAACUAAACCCCUGGCUUUUGUGCACACUGCAUACGUUUCAGAACUCCUGGAUGGUAACCAUCUCUGGAGUGCAGCGCUUGCUGCAGUGGAAAUGAUCAGGAAUACUGACCGUGUUUCUCUUGCCUCCGAGGUUCUUGGGCACACUCUAUAGCCAUACUGGACAGGAACCAGGUGCCCCGUGUAGGCAUCGUUGGUCGGUUUACCGUCAGAGAUGGCGCAUCUCGCUGCAUCCCCCGAGAGUACACCGGUUGCUCUAGCCACCUGCGGCCCGCCCAUCUGCGCUAGCUGGCCUUCAUGCUCUUGAUCGUCUUUCCUUUGUAUUGGAGAAGGACUGGGUCAGAGAUCUGUUGGAGAGAGAGAAUAAAGAGAUUAUUUUUCAUUAUUUUUAAAUGGUGGUUUUUGUUUUAAUUUGCACAGCUACACAGAGGAAAUAACUUAGGCACUUUGUUUUUUUCAAAAAAUAAUAAGGUCUCAUGGCUUCAUUCAGAGACCACAGUAACAACAGCCCACCAAUCAGAGAAGCUGGUUGUUAUUAACCAAGCUACAGAUUCACACUUUCUGGCCUAAACCCUAAUGGGAUGAGGCUUUUCACCCCAUGCCAUGCUGGUGGUGAUUUUUUUAGCCCCUAAAUAAAACACUGGACUAUUUCCUGUUUACUUCAUUGAUUGCAACUACAAAGGUGGACUCAAAGCAAAGCACAAUCAUGCCAGCCAACAUUCCAGAAUUCUGCUGAGAACUCCAAGUCUGUGAGGGGAGAGGUUUCACAAGCCAGACAGGCCUGGGGGACUGCAGUCCCCAAGGAGACCCUGCCACGUGCUGGCCCUUUGAGUGAGAAUGCUGCAUCUUUCUACAUAUCUUCAUGAGAAUACUGAGAAUUGGAUUUUCCUUUUCAAAAUGCACUUUGCUUUUUUUGUAUGUUUUGUUAUGUUGAGAUGUUUCUAAAGAAAAGAUUUUAUGUAAUUAUAAGAUGAAGCGUAGUGAAUUGUACAGCUGUUGUAAUAAUGACCUAUUUCUAUAUAAAAUAAAAUUGUAUGGCUUAUGUGUAAAUUAUUUUGUAUCUGAGAUACCAGUUCCUUUUCCCAAAUAUAAAAGUAUAAAAGUUUUCUUGUGUUUUUCUGUGAGUGAAAAUUUUGUAAUAAAUUAACAAAUUUGUA